CAUUUAUUGGAUGCCAACCGCCAUUAAACCUAAUCGAAGAAGAAAGACUUCAAUAAAAACAACGUUUACUUCUGCCAUUUUGACGAGAGAAUAUGUUGCUUGUGCAGAGAGUGGUGCUUAACUCCCGACCUGGGACUGAUGGAGAGCCAGUCCCUGGUCAUUUCCGUGUGGAAGAGGCGAUUGUAGGACCUUUUCUGAAAGAAGGACAAGUCCUUGUCCGGACCCUCUUCCUGUCUGUUGACCCUUACAUGCGAUGUCGCAUGAACGAAGACACAGGCGCUGAGUACCUGGCUCCAUGGGGGCUGUCUGAGUGUGUGGACGGUGGAGGCGUCGGGGUGGUUGAGUUAAGCCGCUGCGAUGGCCUCUCUGUGGAUGACAUGGUCACCUCGUUCAACUGGCACUGGCAGACACAAUGUUUGAUGGAUGAAAAGCUCUUACAGAAGGUUGAGCCACAGCUGGUUGAUGGACACAUAUCCUACUUCCUGGGUGCAGUUGGCAUGCCUGGUCUCACUGCACUAUUGGGUGUUAGAGAGAAGGGUCAUGUGACCGACGGAGCCAAUCAGACCAUGGUGGUCAGUGGAGCUGCAGGGGCUUGUGGGUCCGUAGCUGGGCAGGGUUUCUGUGUUCCUCCUGCUCUCCAGAUUGGUCGUGUGGAUGGCUGUACCAGGGUGGUGGGGAUCUGUGGGUCUGAUGAGAAGUGCAGAGUCCUUGUGGAGGAUCUGGGGUUCUCUGCAGCAGUCAACUACCGUCAGGGGGAUGUAGCCACAGCACUGAAAGAAAGUUGUCCUAAUGGAGUGGAUGUCUACUUUGACAAUGUGGGAGGGCCCAUAAGCGAUGCUGUAAUAGCACAGAUGAACAAUGAUGGUCACGUGAUCCUUUGUGGACAGAUCUCCCAGUACAACAAGGACGUGCCCUACCCACCACCUCUCUGUGAUGAGACUCGGGAGGCACUGAAAAGUAAAAACAUAACCAGGGAGCGGUUCACGGUGCUGAACUACAUGGAGAAACACGAAGCCGGCAUAAUCCAGCUCAGUCAGUGGGUCAGAGAGGGGCAGAUCAAGGUGGGUGGAAAUUUGAGACAAAUUAUCCAAAGGUGUUGGAGACGGUAGUAAAUGGCAUUGAGAAUAUGGGAGUGGCCUUUUGCUCCAUGAUGAAAGGAGGAAACAUUGGUAAACAGAUCAUUAAAAUAUCAGAUUGAUUCAAAUCCCUGGUGGCACCAUCAGAAGCUACUGGAAUCACAAGCUUUUUUUUUUUUUUUUACACUACUUCCUGCCUUUGAUUUCUAUACUGACAAUAACUGGAUGGACUGAAUAAAAUUAUUUGUAGUUACAACACUGUA